GGGUUGAUAACAACCAUAGUAUCACUGCUGAUAAUGACAGACUGGCAGGCCAUUGGCAGUGACGUCUGCACAGAGUACAGUCUGUUCCACAAUCCACAGCUGGCCAACCAGUACAGACUGCAACUGGCAGAGUCUAACAUGUCAGAGUCUGGGAUGGUGAGUGUCCAGAGUCUGCAGGUGGUGGAGGGAGAGGUGUACCAGAUGGCAGUCAACAGGUGUGAGUCUGCAGGGGAACACUGUCACUGGAUACCCAACUCCCUAGUGACUGGCAAACACUGCAGUGACUGCCAGCCAAUCUGCAGGAGCACUACACACACUCUCAACUUUGUGCAGUUUAUGUGUGGAGUGACACUGUUCCUUUUAACCAAUAUGCUUGGGUACAAUGGGUCAUUUUUGCUUCUGUCUGACUUAGUCAGCAAACAAUAUCAGGGAAUAAGUGCAGGUUCUAUGGUGGCUCUAAUUGGGAUAGCAAGAAGUGUAUUUCCUUUCUUACUGGAUGAUAUGUAUGAAGGUCAGCAGAAGAGGACCUACAUGACGAUGUUGAUUCAAGUUGGGCUAUAUCUACCACUGCUGGUUGGACUCCUCCUCCUCUAUCCCUGGCUGGCUGGGAGUCUGAAGAUACAGUAUUCUCUGGAGAAUGAGGAAGAAAAUGAGACUUAUAAACUCAGUUCAUCAAAAUCGAAUCUCUCAAAGAAAGAGGAAAAU